GCGACAAUCCAUUUUUUAUUUUUAUCUUUCUCCGUCUUCGAACAACUUAAAACUUUUAAUCUAGCUAAGUAAUGAAAUCAUCCUCGUGCAAGGUAACUCGGCAGGAAGCCAACAUCAAUUGGAUGCUAGCUUGCUCCAAUCCAACUCCGAUCGCAUUUUUUCGAUAUAUAUUUCCAGCACAUCGAGUUAAAGCAACUGAUAAAUAUCGGAGUACCCUUAACCUGGCCUUGAAUACUACUGAUAAUCAGGAACUUCGGAAUAAACUAAAAACAAUGAAAGAAACGGUUGAUGAUGCAAGGAUUUUACGUGAUUGGGAAACAUGGAUGCAGGAGAAAACAGCGAUUUUAGUUCGUCGUGGUGUACGUAAUACCAAUCUUAAUCUUCAUGAGGAGAUAAACACGUUGUCAUUAAGUAAGGAUGAGCCAUCGGUAAAAAACACGAAAGAUCAGGAGGAAGAAGAUCAGGAGGAAGAAGAUCAGGAGGAAGAAGAUCAGGAGGAAGAAGAUCAGGAUGAAGAAGAUCAGGAUGAAGAAGAUCAGGAUGAAGUAGAUCAGGAUGAAGAAGAUCAGGAUGAAGAAGAUCAGGAGGAAGAAGAUCGGGAAGAAGAAGAUCGGAAAGAAGAGGGGUCCGCAGAUGAGAUCGAUAAAUCCUUUAUGGACAAGGGAAAUAAUGAUAUUGAUAAUAUUAACUUCGUGGAACGUAUAGAAGAAUCCAAGCCAAUGUCAUCAACCUGUCAACGUCCGUGGGUCCUCCGUAGUGGCACAAACGUAGGAGAUAAAUUGUCAAGUUGCGUCAAGACGAUUCCUGAGGCCCAAAAAUGUUUGAACCUCGCAUAUUGGAAUAUACUUGACUUGACCGAGGACACCCAAAUAAAAUCUCUUUUCUCGACGAAUGACUGGGAAGAAAUGGUUGAAAGUUUCAAUAAUGAAGUUAAAUUGGUUGAAUCGGAUUUUCUUGAUGUAGUAGAGUAUUUUUUCGAUGAAGUUGGACAAAUUACAAAAAAAGAUGAUAAGGAUAUCAUCAACGCGAUCGAUAGAUUAACCCCAGAAAUUAUUGAAACGAAUCGAAAAAUAAAGCUUAGCGAUGAAGAAAAAAAUGUUAUUUCAAUUUUAAGACGGGCUGUUGUCACAUAUGCGGAAAAUCUAGAAAGAGUUGAUCUUCCCAUUUCCGAGGCUGACUUUGACAACGCAUUUCCCAACAUGCUUGCAAAAAGAUUCUUAAAUAGGGAAGAACUAAAGAUGGAUGUUGGGGAAAUUGCAUGCUGGGCGUCAGCUUGUCGCCGAAAUGAAGGUCGUUCCGUCGUUCUCAGAGCUCGCAUUGGACAAAAGUGCGAUUUUCGAGGAACUUUAAAAAAGAGUAUCAACAGGCUUGAGGCUCUCAUAGGUCUCAGAAGUGGUGGACUCCCGGAGCCUCAUCGAAAAAAAAUUUACGAAGACAAAGUUGAUCUAAGCGUGGCAAUGCGGGAUGUCUUAUAUACAUUCUUUAGAGAGAAUUCUAAUGCGCCUAGCUCUGAAAUUCAUUCCACAUUUGUCUUUGGAAUACACUCAUGGGGAUGGGUUCAUAAUAUAUAUGGGAUGGACUGUAAAGCGACGAACAUACUACGGCUUGGUAGUAUUUCUCAUUCAAAGAUGCCCAACACCCUAAAAAUGCUCCCAGUACUCGAAAGUUUCUAUGUACUUUUCACGGAUUUGCAGGAUACGUUGAGUACUAUUUGUGAACACACAAAUAGUGUUUCGCUUGCACAUUCACUUAUACACAGAAAUCGAAAAAGGAAGAAUCCGGAAAAAGCUGGUGAGAAAGGAGGAUCGUUUGGAAACCCUUCACAAACCCCAAAUAAGAAGAGUAGAAAAUUGAAUUAUGUAGAUUCUUCCUUAAAUUAAAGUCAACAUAAUUUAAUUAAGUACAUUCCGAGAUUGUAAUUAUUUUUUCGCGUCAUAAUUUGUAAUAAACUAAAAUUUUAAAGGCAUUUUAUCACAU